CAUCAGUUCACCAUGAUUGACUACGAUUCCCUAACCGGAUGGGGUUCUCCGACGUCGACCAUGCUUCCUUCCUUCUACCCUCGCUUACCAUUCGCGGAGAUUUCUUUUUCGAUCCUUUUCUCGUUCUUUUCAAUACCUUUCUCCUUUCUCUCGGAUCCUUCGACCCCGUUCCCGGUUCCUAGUGUAUACCGAGCCUCGCUUAGGUCGGUCGGCAGCCGUUGGAAAAAUGCUCGCUAUGUGCACCAAACGCUACGUGUGCCUGCCCCCACAUAUCCGAUCAACUGGUCAAUUUCAAUCAGGACAAUACGCUUCACUCCGAGAUGGAAAAGCCUCGGUAGCUGUGGUACAAUAUCUACAGCUGUAGCAAUUGCAUGUGUGAGUCCAUACACAGUCAGCUUAACAUAUCAUGAGACUAUGAUGUCGCAGCGGACAAGAAUAGUAACCAGAAGUAAUACAAACCUGGGGAAUUGUUCCAUCCUAUGCAAGGAAAAUGAGUGGGUCAUGGGUAUAACAGCCGCUAGCGGGCGCAAAAAGAGAAAAAAAGGAAAUUAAAAAAGUCUAGGAUCUUAUGAUAGCCAUGACCACAAACUCAUCACAAGUACGGAUUAUUGAUGGGAUAAAGUCAACAUCAUGUUGGCGAAUGGAGCUAAGUCAGCGCAUUGAUACGUUUUAGGCAGAGUUUCAACGCCGUGGAAGCUCUUUGCGAAUUAGGGAGUGGGACUGACUACAUCGCUCUAACGUUGUGGGUACGCUAAUGACUGAACAUGCGCUCGUAGCUGGACGACUACAUCUCCUUUUUGGGGGUAGCUUCUCCCCUUGGGCAUCCUUAAGCCAUCUAUAGACUACAACCGUUGUCGUAGGGUCUAUCGUACCCGCUUCUUUGCUCGAGCC